AUGGGAUCCAUCCGAGUCAUUCCCUUAGGCGCGGGCCAAGAUGUAGGCCGAAGCUGUAUAUUGGUGAGCAUCGGUGGAAAGAAUGUGAUGCUAGACUGUGGAAUGCAUAUGGGUUAUAAUGAUGAUGUGAGUUUUUCGGUUCAGUUAUUUCAGUUUCAAUUCCAGAGGCGUUUCCCGGAUUUUUCCUUUAUCGCAGAUAAUCACAACCUGACAGAAUAUUUGAAUUGCGUGAUUAUCAGUCAUUUUCAUUUAGACCACUGUGGUGCUCUGCCUUACAUGACAGAGGUCAUCGGAUAUGAUGGUCCUAUUUACAUGACCCAUCCGACAAAGGCUAUAUGUCCGAUUCUUUUGGUUUGCCGCUUAACUUUGAUAAUCUUACGUAGAGCACAGGAAUUGUGCAUCUUGUUAGAGACCUAUUGGGAACGGAUGAACAUAUCGGUUCCAAUUUAUUUUUCCAUGGGAAUGGCAGAAAAAGCUAAUGAGUAUUACAAAUUGUUUAUAUCAUGGACAAAUCAGAAAAUCAAGGAAACAUUUGUGACGCGAAAUAUGUUCGACUUUAAACAUAUCAAGCCUCUAGGUCAAGGAACUGUUGACAAUCCUGGUCCUAUGGUCGUUUUUGCCACCCCCGGAAUGCUUCAUGCUGGUCAGUCGCUUCAUAUUUUCCGGAAAUGGGCUUCCGACGAACGAAAUAUGGUUGUCAUUCCCGGUUACUGUGUGGCUGGGACAAUUGGGUAUAAGAUCCUAAAUGGUGUGCGACGUUUGGAAUUCGAUCGUCAGAUGUUAGAUGUUAAAAUGCGCGUGGAAUACUUGUCAUUUUCUGCCCAUGCGGAUGCACGAGGCAUAAUGCAACUAAUAUCACACUGCCAGCCUCGACACGUGAUGCUGGUACACGGUGAGGCGGGAAAAAUGGACUUCUUAAAAUCGAAAAUUGAACAGGAAUUCGGAUUACCCUGCUCAAAACCAGCCAAUGGCGAGAUUAUCCGUGUUGAGACUGAGCAGCAGUUUAUAGUUUGUGCUUCAACGGAAUUAUUGCAUGGUAGUGAUGGUAAGCUGCCAGUACACCUUUUAUCGACAAUUUUCUACUCAUAA